AUGGCCAUCUGCAUCACCUUCGGAACACAUGAGUUCACUUCUAUGCUAGAAGGAUACGAGAAUGUCCGCGCAUUUUGCUAUAACUGCCAACAUUGGAAUGGUCAUUGUUUGACGAGAUGGCCGUGGUUCACCGUCUGCUUCAUUCCUGUCAUCCCUCUCGCAACACAUAAGUAUAAGGAAGUAACCUGCUACACAUGCCGCUUUACGCAGGAUCUACGCGACCGUCCUGAUAUCACACCAGAAACGAGACCACCUCCGGGUGUCGUACCAGGCCAAUUACCACAGGCGUACUAUGGCGGCGGUGCACCUUUCUAUCCCCCACAGCAGGCAUCAGGCCCACCUCCACAGGCGUCCGGGGGUGUGGUAGCGCCGCCGCAGCAGCAGGCAGAGCAGCAGAACCAUGUGUAUAAGUGA